AUAAAUAACUAAGUAAUAAUUUUUACAUAGUUUGUUGAGUGUUUGUGAAUUAAUAAACAUGAAGUAUAAGGUGAAGAACGCUGACAGUGAGAGUCAACGUCAGCCAGACUCCGUCCUUGAAGAGAAACUAGAGAGAACCGUCCGAUGUUCGUCGAUACUGAUAGUGGCGCUAGGGGUGUCCCUGAUCGCGCUAGGGGUGUACACCACUGUGUUGGUGCUGACCGACUAUAACAGCCCCCAGCCGUGUAUGAGUGAAGUGUGUGUUGGUACUGCAUCCCGCGUACUCUCCGCAAUGAACAAAGAAGUGGACCCUUGUACGGACUUUUACGAAUUCUCCUGCGGUGGUUGGAUCAAGAAGAACCCGGUCCCCGAGUGGGCGACCUCCUGGGACCAGUUGUCGAAGCUUCGGGAACAACUGACUACGGAUCUAAGGGAUCUACUGGAAGCGCAGGAUGGACCGAACUCGCCAGAAAGUGUAAAGAAGGCGAAAGCGCUGUAUCGGACUUGUAUUGAUGUUGAUAAAAUGGAAUCCCGCGGGAUCCAACCGAUCCAGGACCUCCUCACCGAUCUGGGUCUCCCUCCCAACCCUCCCGCAAUAAGCAGCAAUAUCUCCUGGGAGGAGGUCGCUGGUCGUGCGCGGAGGAAAGUCGGUCUGAGUGUACUGCUCAGUGUGCAAGUGUUGGAGGAUGUGAGGAAUACCAGCAGGAAUCGUGUUGUGAUCGAGCAAGUGACGCCCGGCUUCAGCGAGCGCUACCUGCUCCACCCGGAGCAGUUCGCCCACGAGCUGCAGCAGUACCGCACCUACAUCAGGGACAUGAUUGCUGUAGUCGAUCCGCAGACUGAUGCUGACAAGUUCGCUGAUGAUAUCGUCGGGCUGAGCAAGAGUUUGGCCAGGAUAAUGACCCCAAUGGAGGUCCGUCGCAGCGGCACGCACUUGUUCCAUGAUGUGAGCGUCGCGCAGUUCGUGCAGGGCUCCGCUGGCGGACCCGUGCAGUGGACUGAGCACGACUGGGACAAGUACCUUGAAACAGUCUUCAGCAAUACGACCGUGGUCCUAGACCAGAAUGCGGACCGGCUUAUUGUUAUGGACCUGCCUUAUUUGCAGCGAUUGGCUACUUUACUAUCGGAAACCGAUCCGUUACUUGUUGAACGUUUCAUCUGGUGGAGCGUAUUCUCCACAGUCUCUCCAAUGAGUAUCUCCCGUUUCCGCGACCUCGGCUUUGCGUUCAGUCGCUCUGUGUACGGGUUGAGGACUCGGGCUCCAAGAUGGAAGACUUGUGCCGCUAAUGUUAAUGCUAACUUUGGAUUGGCGCUGUCGUUGUUGUACGUGGAGCGGCAUUUUGAUAAUGCGUCGCGGAUUAAGGCACUAGAGAUGGUAUCAGAUGUACGCGCCGCGUUCGCGGAAAGCGUGUCCCAACUCACUUGGAUGGACGACACCACACGAGCACGUACGUUACGUAAACUACAGGCGAUACGGAACUUCGUGGGCUUCCCUGAGUGGCUGCUCAAUACUACAAGAUUGGACGUACAUUAUAAACAUGCUGAAGUCGUAGAAGGCAACCUGUUCGAGACCUUCUUGAAGCUAACGCAGGCGGCCGUCAAGAAAUCAUUCGAAUCUUUACGAGUGAAGCCUGACAGAAACAGAUGGGUAGCAACGGCGACAACAGUAAACGCAUUCUACUCAGCGACACUCAACUCAGUCACAUUCCCUGCUGGUAUCCUACAGCCACCCUUCUAUGGAAAUGGCAUUGAGGCAAUAAACUAUGGAUCGAUUGGUGCAAUAAUGGGACAUGAAGUAACGCAUGGAUUUGACGAUCAAGGGCGUCGCUACGACGAGGAGGGCAACCUGAAGCAGUGGUGGUCGGCGGGCACGCUGGAGCAGUACCACGGGCGCGUGCAGUGCAUCGUGCAGCAGUACAGCCGCUACCACAUGCAGCAGCUGCCCAACUAUACGGUGCACGGGUUCAACACGCAGGGCGAGAACAUAGCAGAUAACGGCGGGUUACGGGCUGCACUGCACGCGUACCGCAUCCACCAGCGUCGUACCGCACGCCCCGCGCCGAGACUGCCCGGCCUGCCGCAGUAUACACCCGAGCAGCUGUUCUUCUUGGGUUUUGCGCAGAUAUGGUGCGGAAAUUCAACAGUAGGCGCUCUCAAGUCGAACCUAGUAGAAGGAGUACACAGCCCGAACAAGAUCCGAGUGAUUGGAACUCUCAGUAACACAAAGGAGUUUUCAGACGCGUGGCAAUGCAAGCCCGGCUCGCCAAUGAACCCGGAACAUAAGUGCGUUCUGUGGUAACGAAAUAACUAUUAACAUGUAAAUAAAUAAGUGAUACCUACUGCCUAUUGACUUACUCGAGAGUGUAAAAAAUUGAGUCACUGACGUAAAAUACAGUUUUUUUUAUAUUGACACUAAAAUGAAAUAGCUAACGUGAGAUCUAUGAGAUGAUCUCGAGUCCAAAUUGAAAAUAACAAUUUGUAACGUAAAAGAUAUUUGUUACGUUACAAAUUGAAAUUACUUCAGCACACUGUUUACAAAAAAUUUCAACAAAAGCUGGACAUUUUUCUUUAAUAUUUUUUUACUCAAAUUAAUUCAACUGAAACGUGACUAUAAAUUGUUAAGAUGUUGCUGAGCAAUGACAAUAGUUUAUAAGUUCUUGAUUAGGUUAUUAAUUAAUUGACCAGUUAAUUUAUGUUACCAUCUGAAGCGUAUUAUAUCAUGAAGACUGUGAAGAAAAUAGUAACCAAUUUGCUAAGUUCUAAAAAUUCUAAGUAUUUUACUCUUACUCCAUUUAUAGAAGAAAAUUUUUAGGAGAAAAAGUUAUAAGUCCACUCGACAAAUUGUUAAAUAUGUCGAGUGGACAGUGGUGUCGUUAAGUAUGUACAAGUGACUUGGACUUGGACUACAAUAUUAAUGUUAUUUAUAAUUCCUAGAAAAUUUACUAACUUAUGGACCACCAGUGAUUCUUUAUAGUUACCAUGAUAAUGUGAAAAAUUUUGUACAUAGAAUAAGUAUUGACUGUUAGAAUAGUAUUUAUAGGUAAGCGUGUAAAAAGCUGUGAAUUUAUAAUCCGUCCGUAAGAUAAUUUUAAUAAUAAAUAAGUUACCAAAUAAUUAUGAUGUAUCCAUGCAUUUUAUUUAGUACCAAUUGUUAAUGGCAUUAAUUAAAUAAAACGUGAGAUUAUUCAGUUAAGUUAGACUUAAUUUAAAAUGAAAUAAAAGAUAUUUUUAA